GCUGUCCCCAGGGGACCAUGAGUGGCUGCUGAGUGAGGAGGUCGACAUUCUGCCCUUCCUCCUCCUGCCUCUAGCAGGCCCCGAGGAAUUUCCUGAGGACGAGAUGGAAAGGCUGCCCGUGGACCUGCAGUACCUGCCCCAGGACAAGCAGCGAGAGGAAGAACCUGACAUCCGGAAGAUGCUGCUGGAAGCCAUCAUGCUGCUCACGGCCACCAAGGCCGGCCGGCACAUCGUGAGGGAGAAGGGGACGUACCUGGUCCUGCGGGAGCUGCACCGCUGGGAGCGGGAGCCUGACGUGCUGGCUGCCUGCGAGAAGCUCGUUCAGGUGCUGAUCGGGGACGAGCCUGGCCCAGGGAUGGAGAACCUGCUGGAGGUGAAUGUGCCCGAGGAGGUGGAGCAGCAGCUGCGGUGCCUGGAUCGGGAGGAGGAGGAGCG